ACUCUGCUGAAGUGAAACAAGCAAUAAUUUUGCAAAACACCCAACAUUUCUACUGAUCCAGGUUUUUAAAUGUCAACAAAAGAAUGACCCAUUCUGGAGUGAAAUGGACUGCCAUAGUCUUAACGACAGCCAGCAAAGAGUGGACGUAUGCUUUUCAGAAAGAGUUGGAGUUGCGGCAAGCUAAAGGAUACUUAGAUAAGGAUGUAAUUGUCCUAACUGUGGAGGAUCCAAAAAAUAAUGUGGGGAGUGGAGGUGCCACUGUUAAUGCUCUGCUAACCAUCACAGAAUACAUCAGUGCUCAAAAGGGGCAUUCAGUGAUCAGCGCUGAAGUUUUGGAGGAAUCCUGGGUCUUAAUAUUACACAGCGGCCGGCACUACCCCUACGACCAGUGUGGGAGGGGAUUUGUGACCCUCCCUGCUCAGUACGUGACCCCUGAGUAUGAUGGACUGAUUUGUAACAUUGACAUACUUAUCAAGAACAUAACAGAAAAGCUGGCAGUUAAAUCUGGGCCAGGACUAUGGGUCAGCAGUACAGAUAUGCUCUUAUCACUGCCUAAAGACUGUGAUAUUCAGUGGAGGAGUUGUGAUGCCUGUGCUAUCACAGUCCCUGCUACCCCCCAAUACUGUAAACAACAUGGAGUCUACAAGAUAGAUAAAGAGGGAUAUGUGGAGAAUAUAUUGUAUCAGAGAGAUGUGGGAAGUUUGGAGUGUUGUGAAAUCAAGGGAGGAAAGGUCCCUGUGGUGUGUUCAGUGGUAUACUUUAAUCACAUCAUUGCUCAGAAACUACUGGCCUUCCAUGUCAAGCCACCACUGGAUGCCUGUACUUACAUGGGUUUGGACAGUGGAGAGCCCCCGAUACAGUUGUCUUUGUUCUUUGAUGUCAUGUUACCAAUGGCAACAGGGGUCACAGAGUCAGACUUUGUGGAUGGGAAGUGGAGUAGGGAUGGCACACCUGAUGACCUUGACACUCAGAGAAGGAUGAAGAAGGCAAGGUCAUUGCUGUGGAAGGAACUGGGAGAAUAUAAAAUGUGGGCUUGCUUGGUAGAGUCCGGACAGUUCCAUUAUCUGUCAGGGGAGGCACAGGAUCAUAAGAAGCUGAUACAGAAUUGUCCCUAUCAGAAUAAUUUUCCAGAAGCUACUUUUUCCUGGUCAAACAGGACUCAUUCUUUUAUAGAGUCGAGCUGUAAAGUAGAUGAAGAGAGCACCUUGCUGAACAGUGCUUUAUACGGGAAUGUGACAGUAGGAGGGAAAACUGUGGUCUCUUGUUCCAAGGUCAAAGGUCAUGUCACCUUUGGUAAAGACUGCUAUAUAGCUGGUUUAAAAGUGGAAAAUUUUAAGAAAACUAUUACCAUUGAUGAUUCCAUGGUUGUACAGUCAUUUAAUGUUCACCUCAGAACGCUUGGAAUCACUCGAGAAAUCCUCACCAUUCAUGGGAGAUACGACAAAAUUCAGGUUCCCUACUGGAAGAGCUCGAGCACAUUCUGUAACAUGCCAAUGGUUGUUUGGAUGAACAAGACAGGAAUUGUAAAAGAGGACUUAUGGAGCACUGAAGUGGCCAAUGAGAACCAGACCAUGUUCCAGGCAAAACUAUUCCCUGUCAUCCAUGCCACGGAUUCUAUAGGGCUGGAGGACCUCCUCUGGAUUCAGGGAGCUGUUCCAGAUGAAGAUCAUACCAGGCUGAGAAGGUGGCAAUCAUCAUGGAGGUUAAGCAUGAGUGAAAUAUUGUCCUUUAUAAAUGCUGAACAGGAAUUACAAUCUAGAAGAGAGAUGUUCUAUGAAGUGAAGAAGGAGGAAAUAACAAAUGCCCUACUUCAGCGGCUCCACCAAGGCUUCCAUCCGAUCUACAACAGUGCUGGAAUCGACGGAUUCUCCAUAUCAAUUCUGGAAAAACUUGAUUCAGUGGCUAAAGGUUGUUCAGGUGAUCCUGGAGUGGCGGCGAGGACUCUGGCUAACAUUGCAGAUGUACUGGGCUCAAAAGCCGGGCAGAAAGGAGGGUUACGGAGUGGGCCGGCCGCAAACAAGGCCUGGGCAAAGGCAUUCCAUUUACUAGAGAAUAAAGAGCUGGAGAAAGGAGUGAGUGCAUUGGCCAAGGAGCGAACGAAAUGGUUAGACCGCCCAGAUCUGCUGGUGAGGGCAGCCAGACAUUAUGAAGGGGCAGCUCAGAUACUCAUACGUCAUGCUGUAAUGACCGCUAAAGAA